AUGACGAAGAAAGAGCAGAAUAAUCUUAUUCUGUUACUAGCGCGGCGGCGAGUAAUACUGAUGCUGCUCUUCCUCGGUGCCAUCGUCCUAACCUACACAGAUUCCGUCCGCCUUCUGCGAGAACAAGAAGAAUCGAAUCGCGCGAAAAGAGACCUAGAAAAGCACCCUUUAUCGAAAGCUGCCAGUCCUCAGAGCAAUGUCCUUUCGAUGGAUCACAAAGUGCCUCUUACGGAAUGCGCUUACAAUUCGCCAAAACUCAUUGGCCCGCUGAAAACAGAUCCGAAGUACAUUCCGGAAUGGGAUGAAAUUGAAGUUGGCGAGACAAAGAAUGGAGGUUGUUGGCAACCGAGCGAUUGCGCGCAGAGACAGAAUGUGGCGAUUAUCAUUCCGUAUAAAAAUAGAGAGGAGCAUCUGCGCGCCCUGCUGAAUACAUUGCAUCCAAUUCUUCAAAGACAAAACACCGCAUACUGCAUUUAUGUGGGCGAGCAGCAUGACGAUGGCAGAUUUAAUAAAGGAGCUGUGAUGAACUCUGCCUUCAAAGAAGUUCUCAAAGAACAUGCCUACGAUUGCGUUAUCUUCCACGACGUCGACAUGCUCCCCGAAGACGACCGAAACAUUUACCAGUGCGAAUCGAAUCCCGUCCAUCUUUCUCCCCUCAUCGACAAGUUCGAUUACAAACCUUAUGGAACCGAUUUCGGAGGAAUCACCAUGUUGCGGCCGGAGCAUUUUAUCGCGGCAAAUGGAAUGAGCAAUCUUUUCUGGGGCUGGGGACGAGAAGACGAUGACAUGCAAUUUCGAGUUGGCAGAUCUCCCUUCAAUGUGACAAAACCGGUUAAUUACGAGCAGGCCCGUUACAAAAUGAUCCCUCAUCAGCACGCCUGGAUCUUCAGAAAUUUCAAAAUCCGCGACUCAACAACAGAUGUCCGCUUUUUGCCUCCAGAGUACUUAGUCAAAUACAAAGAGCGCUCAACAGUAGAAGGCCUUACCAGUGUCAACUACAAAAACCUCGGAACCGACCGAAAAUCGCUCUUUACUCAUCUCGACCUUGAAUUGCGAGAACUCGUUGUUGAUUCCCUCAAAACCGAAUUCAUCAGCUCUGGAUCAAGCCAAACUCUGAUCGACACGACGAAAAAGGAGUGCAGCUAUAUAAAGAUGGAAAACACUAGAGUCUGCGAGGAGUAUGGACAUACGAUGGUGCUGAAGUACUUGAGAAAAUUGCUGCUGAGUUAUGAUGACGCGGUGAAAAAGUGUGAUGAACUAGGCUACAUGUGCACUGGAUUCGCAGAAGACUCUCUCGGAAAAUACCGUCUUAGGGAGGUCACACAGCUUUUGUCAAGCGAUAAUACUCCUCAGGAUUGCAACACGAAGGGAAAGCACAUCUUCCACAAAUCCUGCCCAGGAGACCAAUCAUUUAUCCAGGUUUCUCAAGAUUUGACGAUUCCAAUUUCUGAUCAGCUGACACCGCCAAAUUAUGCUUUCACACAUCGACUACAAGAAUGA